AAAAGAUAAAAUGAAAUUUCCUGAAUAUGUUCCGAACAAUAUUUUGGGUGAUCGUACAACAUGGGAAUAUCACACAGUUUCGGUAACUCGUGUGCCGGGCUAUGGUUUUGGUAUUGCCGUUUCCGGUGGUCGUGAUAAUCCCCAUUUUGCUAACGGUGAUCCUUCAAUUGCCGUAUCAGAUGUUUUGAAAGGCGGACCCGCUGAGGAUCGUUUACAAGUCAAUGAUCGCAUUAUUUCCGUCAAUGGUGUAUCACUUGAGAACGUCGAAUACGCCACAGCUGUACAAGUUUUACGUGACAGUGGUAAUACCGUAACAUUAGUGGUGAAACGUCGUGUACCACUCAAUACAGUCGUAGCAAAUCAACAGCAGCAACAACAAAUGCAGCACCAACAACAACACAACAUGAAUGGCUUAAAUUCUAUGCCACAGACGAAUGGUAUCAAUUCGAUGGUGGUGCCGCCCAAUCCUACCACAGCCAUGAGUCAGCCAAAUUCUUUAAAUUCAUCUCUGAUCCAGGCCAAUGGUCCCGGUAUGGGUCAACCCAUUAAAGUGACCCUAACAAAAAAUAGUAAAAAAGAAGAUUUUGGCAUUGUUCUCGGUUGUCGUCUCUUCGUCAAGGAGAUCUCUUCAAAAGCUCGUGAUCAAUUGGCAGCCAAUGGAUAUUCGCUGCAAGAGGGUGACAUUAUCACCCGCAUCCACAAUACCAAUUGUGCCGAUACGAUGAGUCUGAAAGAAGCCAAAAAGAUCAUUGAUGGCUGUAAGGAACGUCUAAAUUUGGUAGCUUUACGUGAUAUAACCAAUCAGCCACCGAUUACCGUCGUCAAUCAAUUGAAUAAUUCCAGUGCUGCAGCCGCAGCAGCUCAGGCCAACAUUUAUGGUACGCAUCAACCUCAGCUAUCGAAUUGUAGCAAUAAUUUAGAUGACCCCUAUCUGAAUAGUGGUGCCACAUAUUCGUCUCAGAAUCUUUAUGUGCAACCACCCACAAGGACCUCGAAUAAUGGUCCCAUGAAUGGUGGCUUGAAUGAUGAGAAGAGUAAUUUAACGCCACGUGGUAGAUCAAGGGGUCCCAUAAUGGAGGGUGUUUCUCUACAGCAGCUGGAUAGACCUGUGACACCCACAAAUGGUGGUGGUCGUUCACGUAUUGAUGAACCCCCUAGGCCACCACCACCAAGAGCUGGCGGCGGAGGAGCAGGCGCUGGCGGAUCAGGUGCUGUUAAUGGCGGAGAAGAUUUCUACAGCUCAAGACGCCAAUUGUAUGAAGAUGAUCCCUUGACCAGAUCCCGACAGUCAUCCGAGCCACGUUUUAUAUCAUUCCAAAAGGAGGGUAGUGUUGGAAUACGCCUUACCGGUGGCAAUGAGGCUGGCAUUUUUGUUACAGCCGUCCAGCCAGGCUCACCAGCUUCUCUGCAAGGUCUAACGCCCGGCGAUAAAAUCCUCAAAGUCAAUGAUAUGGAUAUGUUGGGUGUUACCCGUGAAGAAGCUGUACUCUUCCUACUCUCACUGCAGGAUCGUAUCGAUUUGAUUGUCCAAUACUGCAAGGAGGAAUACGACGAGGUGGUGAAUAAUCAGCGUGGUGAUUCGUUCCACAUUAAAACACAUUUCCAUUGCGAUAAUCCUUCUAAAGGUGAAAUGGCUUUUAAAGCUGGUGAUGUCUUCCGUGUAAUUGAUACGUUGCAUAAUGGUGUGGUCGGUUCGUGGCAAGUGUUGAAAAUUGGCCGAGGGCAUCAGGAAAUGCAACGUGGUGUUAUACCGAAUAAAUCGCGUGCCGAGGAAUUGGCAACGGCACAAUUUAAUGCGACCAAGAAGGAGAUGAAUGCCAGCGAAUCGAGGGGUAAUUUCUUCCGGCGAAGGAGAUCCACCCAUCGCCGUUCCAAGAGUUUGUCACGUGAAAACUGGGACGAUGUUGUUUUCUCCGAUAGCAUUUCCAAAUUCCCAGCCUAUGAACGUGUUGUUCUACGCCACCCUGGUUUUGUACGACCCGUUGUCAUAUUCGGUCCCAUCGCCGAUUUGGCUCGUGAAAAGCUAGCUAAAGAUUAUCCCGAUAAAUUCUGUACCCCACUGCAGGAUGAUGAUAAGACAACAAAUUCAAAAUGUCGCAUUGUACGUCUAUCGAAUAUACGUGAUGUUAUGGAUCGAGGAAAACAUGCCCUACUCGAUAUAACACCCAAUGCUGUGGAUCGUCUCAACUAUGCCCAAUUCUAUCCGAUUGUUAUAUUCCAAAAGACCGAUAGUAAACAUGUUAUCAAACAGCUACGUCAAGGUAUGCCCAAAUCGGCACAUAAAAGUUCGAAGAAAUUAUUGGAACAAUGCCAGAAAUUGGAACGGGUGUGGUCACAUAUCUUUAGUACACACAUUGUUCUCAACGAUGAGGAAAGUUGGUAUCGUAAAUUACGUGAUGCCAUUGAUCUGCAACAGAGCGGUGCUGUAUGGAUGUCAGAAACUAAGCCUGUUGAGUCCUUAUCCGAUGACUUCCUAUUCCCAAUGACCUCAAAUCGUUUGUCGUAUGCAUCAAGUCCUGAAUCUGAUUUGGAAUUAAGUCCCGGCCCGUCGACAUCAUUAUCUUUGGGCAAUUUGCCACAGUUGGUAAAAUCCAAUUCGGAUCCAUCGAUUGCCACAAAUCAGGAUAACUUGGAUAGGGAUAGAGACAUAAUUGGUGAAGGAUUACCACCUCCAUAUACGAUUCCCUUUGAUCAUUCCAAUACUACUCAGCCUCCACCGAAUCGUCGUCAAACUAUGGACACUAGUAAAUAUGGUGGUUACUCAUCUAAUUCUAAUCUUCUUAAUUCUUCUGAUCCCUCAACACCAUCGACACGCCCCCAGUCUUUGUAUGGUAUUAACGCCCCCGAUCUACCACCACGCAUUGAUCGUCAAUCAAAACCAGGUCCAAAUGAUAUUGUGGUCACAACAUCACCCAGUACCACAAACACACCAUCACGUUCGAAUAGUUCAGGUGGUACAUUGGGUCGAUCGGCACAGGAGCGGCUCUUUGGCAAGGCCAUUGUUAGUGAUGAUGUUCAGGCGGAAUAUAUUUCAAGGAAUGCCGCAAAUGCUCUCAAUGCUGCAAAUGCGACAGCUGGUAGCAGUGAUGCCACCACCUUGGAUAGACAUCAUGCCUCAUUGGAAAGGCAGGCAAGAUUGAAUGCUGCCGCUUCACAAUCGAAAUUACCCGGUGUCCCUCAAACAGCAUCGGCUGCCAUAAAUACACCACAACAGAAUGGUUCCAGCUAUGACAGUGUCUCCAGUUAUGAUUCAUAUAAUGCCUCACAACUGACCAUGCAAAAUUUGGGACGUUUGGGUCCCAAUGCUCCCGAUGAUCUCAAAUCAGUGCCAAAUGUUAAUGCUGGACGUCCAUUGCCUCCAGUGGGUAUGGGUGGCCAAACAGCCGAUUAUGCCCGCACCACUCACGAUCAUCGUCAAUAUGCUGGCGGUCCCAAUGAUCUAAAUCGUCAAAGUAGUCCUGGUAGACCACCAUAUCAUGAUAUGAAUGCUGCAAGAAAUAUCGAUCCCCGUAAUGGCACACCCCAACGACCAUCGAAUUUGGGCCUUGAGGGCAGUCCACGUAAAGUCGAAACCAAAACCGAUUAUGGAAAAUAUAGUCGCAAUAACUCUGCCUCACAAGCCGAUUACAAUAAAAUACCCAAAAAUCCGGGUAUGCCUCAUAUGGUAAUACCACCACCAAAUGUCAAUGGCAAUAUGAACGGCAAUGCUGGACCACAAUCUGCAGCAGCAGCAGGAGCGGGAGGACCAUUCAAACCUGUGCCUCCACCAAAACCUAAAAAUUAUCGUCCUCCAUUGCAAAAUUCUGGAAAUGCCAUGGGCCCGAAUCAAUGGGAAAAUCAGGAACCUGGUUCACCACGUUCACCCAAUGGUUUCUAUUAUCCACCGGCACCGCAGCAUCAUCAUUAUGGUCAACAAACGCCUGGAUCUCCACAUGCCAAUGCAAAUAUGCAGCCAACAUAUGGUACAAAUAAUAAUUAUGGUCCACCACCACCAGCUGGAUAUCCAACGGCAAAUGGUUACAAUGGUAAUGCCACCACGCAUCAUUAUAAUGGCGGUAGUGGUACCGGUCCAUAUAUAGCACCACAUCGUGGUAUGCCACCACCAAUAGGUAUGUAUAGACAAUACAUUUCCAAAACCUUUACACAAAUAAUAAAUAAUUAAAUUAAUUUUCCUUCAGAUUUAGCUGGUAGUCGCGAACAACGGGGUUCAGCAUUUGAAUUAUAUCGUAAACCACAAAUUGGUACAGCUGGACACCAUCACAACAUGAGCGAAAUGGAGUCAUAUGAACAACAACACCACCACCCCCAUCAAGACCAGCAAGAAAUCUAUGAUGAUUAUUAUGCAAUGCAACAACCACCGCCGCCACAACAUCCACCACCUAGAUCUAGAUCGGCGCCUCGCUAUCCACAUGAACGUCCACCACACGCUCAAGACCCCAAUUAUUAUGAUUAUGGUGGACAGCCACCGCCACCUUUGCCUCCAGCACAUCCACAUCAUCAGUAUUACAAUGAAAAUGAUAUGCCACCACCCUUGCCACAUAAAACCAAAAAGAAAUCAGUAUUGAAAUCACCAUUGACGGCGAUUAAAAACGCAUUUAUGAAAAGUACCCGGCCGCUACGACGCAUAAACAGUAUGUCCGAUCCCGAUAGGAAACCAAGCAAAUCGGCUCUGCGUAGACAAAAUUCUAUGCUAGAACGUGGCAUGCAAAGGCCCUAUUACCCGGAUGAAUAUCCCACAUAUCCGGCAGGAUUUGAAGACCGAUAUUAUGGUGGCAGUGGUCGUGGACGUAGUGUACCACCAAAUGCCAUGCGCGGUCGUGGGGAUCAGUAUUAUGAUCAAGUGCCACAUAAUUAUGGCACCGUACCAUAUCCUCCACACCAUCAUCAACAGCAGGAUGUUAUGAAUAGUACCUAUCAGAAUUUAGGUGAAGAAGAUAUUUAUGGCCAUAUGGGAGGAGGAGGCGGUACAGUACCCGGCCGAGAUCGCAUGUCACGAGAGCGUUCCUAUGACCCAUAUGCUGCUGGUAAUUAUGCCGAACAGGAUGACAUAUAUGCCAAUCGUGCUUGCAUCGAUUUGGAGCGUAGACAAAUGGAAGCUGCCCAAAAUCGUAAUGGUAAACGAAUCAUGAGACGUCAUAGUACCACAACAGCUGAUCGGUCACAGGGACGGCGACCUCUAAUGCCAGCCAAUCCGCCCGCCAAUUACGAACAAGAUGAUAUAUAUCAGAGUAAACAGGGAGCCUACAUGUUGGAUAAUCAACGUCGGGCUCCCAAUUCAGAGGUAAUGUCACGCAGACGGUUCUAUCCCGGCGCAGCCAAUGAACAAGCCGAAAUCCAUGAACCCGUCUAUCAAUCUCGGCGCGAAAUGCAGCGUGAAAUGCAACGCAGUCAUUUGUAUCAGACCAAAAAAGAAAUGCAAGAUCGCAUUACCCAAGGCAAGCGGGAAAUGGAAAGGGAAUUUAGCCCUCAAAGUGGUGGUAGUCAAUCGGAAAAAUCCGAUGAUAAAUCCGAGAAAGAACCAAUCUAUCAGACACGACGUGAAGUUAAGGAGAGUGCCCUAAAAACCAGAGCUCAACUGAGAGAGCAAAUAUAUCAGACAAGACGUGAAACACUAGACAGUAUGGCAGAGCCAUCAUAUGUUUCUAAGAGAGAUAUGGGUCGACCGGAACCCAUAUAUGAAACCAAGGAAGAAAGUAUUCUACAAUCGAGGGAAAAUGAAACCGAUGAAAAGAAGGAGGGUAAAACGGAAAUAAAUACCCAAGCGGAGAUAAAUCAUGAAACCAGACCCUUGAGUCCUGUAACAGACUUACAAAAAUCUUCGGAUACCGUAAUUGAGGCUGCUGCCGCAACCUCUGCACCCUUGGCCAGAAACGAUGAAGAUGAUUUAGAAGAGGCGGAGGGUACAGAGGCCAAAGAUUUUGAUAGAUCUGAAAUGCCCACGGUAAUUGAAAAUAAACACAAUCAGGCUAUGCUGGAGCAAACAGCCAUUGAAGCGAAUACCUUGAACAAUGAUAGUCAUGAUAUAUCCGAUGAUGUUUUUGAAACACCACAGGCAGUGUCCUCACCCCUGGUGGUGGAGGGACCACCCAUAGAACCCUUAGAGCCACCAAAACCCACCCUGCCUCUGACACCACGUUCAAGUCGGGCACCUUUUCAUAUUUCCAAUAUUUUGAAAAGGACGGGUCCACCACCAUUGAAAAAAAUCAGUGAUAGUCGCACCUCAAUUGAAACACAUUAUACAUCACAAGCCAGUCUGCCCGUAGGUCCACCAAAUGCCACCAGCACACCAUAUACAAGUAAUAUGUCAUUGCCAAUAGCUGGCCCCGUGCCAACAUCUGCACCAGCCGCAGCCUCUAUACCCGGCAAGGGAUCAUUCCCCACGCAACCCCGCGAGCCAACCACUUGCCGUGGCAUAUUCGAUUCAAAUGGUGGCACACUCGCCGAUAAUGUAUGGAAUGUUUCAUUAGAAAUACCACCGGGAGCCAUUGCGCCCGGCGUACGACAGGAAAUCUAUUUUACUGUUAGUGAUCCACGUAUGGGUCAGGCUGUUGGUGGUCCACCAUUGGAUAUGGAAAAUGGUGAAACAAUGCUGUCGCCCCUUGUAAUGUGCGGCCCACAAGGCCUUGAAUUUUUAAUACCAGUUACCCUUAAUAUACCACACUGUGCCGGACGAACAACAUCAUUGGGAUUGGCCUUGAAAGCCACCGAUAGUGAAAAGAAUAUACAUACCGAAUGGGAUAAUAUUGAUUUGCCCAGCAAUGCGGCAGCCCAUACCGUAUCCGUUAAAGUAGAUCAUUUCUAAA